AUGAACGCUCGGUUGUGGGUGGUGUUGGGCCUGGCGGCGACCUGGAUCCUGGCGGCGUCGGUGCGGCUUUACCAGCUGCAGGUGCUGCACCAUGAGAGCUACAGCGAGCAGGCCCGUCAGCAGCACCAACGCGUCGUGUCGCUCGAUCCGCCUCGCGGCACGAUCUACGAUGCCCGCGGCCGCGAGCUGUCGGUUUCGGUUGAGGUCGAUUCGGCUUUCGCCGAUCCGACCCGGGUCGAAGACCCUGCCGCCACCGCCGCCGCCCUGGCUCCGCUGCUGGGUCAAAAGCGCGCCACCCUGGAACGCAUGCUCGACGGCAAGGGCCAGUUCGUCUGGGUCAGUCGCAAGCUCGAUCCGCCGCUGGCCGAGUCCGUGCGCGGGCUCGAUCUGGCCGGAGUUUCCUUCGUUCGCGAGAGCAAGCGCUACUACCCGCUGCGCGGCCUGGCAGCGCCAGUGCUGGGUUACGUUGGCACCGACAAUCAGGGCCUCGGUGGCCUGGAGUCGCGCUACGACCGAGCGGUGGCCAGCGAGCCAGGCCGUCGCCGGGUGGUGCGAGACGCCCGCCUGGGCACCGUGCUGCAUCCGAACUGGGAAGAGACCGCGCCGAAGGCAGGUCGCGACCUCCACCUGACCCUCGACGGCGCCCUGCAGCACAUUGUCGAGCGCGAGCUCGAGGCGGCGGUCAAGAAGCUCUCCGCCAAGCGCGGCACGGUGGUGAUGCUCGAUGUCCGCGAUGGCUCGGUGCUGGCGAUGGCCAGUUGGCCGUCGUUCGAUCCCAACCGGUACGGUGACUUCCCGAAGGAGAGCUGGCGCAACCCGGCGGUGGCCGAUGCCUACGAGCCCGGCUCGACCUUCAAGAUGGUCACCCUGGCGGCAGCGCUCGAGGCCGGCAAGGUCGACACCCUCGAUGUCUUCGACUGCGAGAUGGGAGGUUUGCGGUUGUCGGGCCACUUCAUCCGUGACCACAAGCCCUUCGGCCUGCUGACGGUGCGCGAGGUGAUCGCCAAGUCGAGCAAUGUCGGUACUAUGAAACUGGCCUUCGCCACCGGCCGGAAGGACUUCUACGCUGCUAUCGAGACCUUCGGUUUCGGCCAGCCCACCGGUAUCGAUUUACCGGGCGAGAGUCCCGGUCUGCUGCGUUCCGAGGAGCAGAUGUCUCGCCUGUCGAUGGCCAAUAUCGCCUUCGGUCAGGGCAUCUCGGUGACCCCGUUGCAGCUCGCCAAUGCCUUUGCGGCGAUCGCCAACGGCGGCUGGUUGUAUCAGCCCUACGUAGUGUCGGUGGUUGGUGACACGCCGCGCCGACCGACCAAGCCGCGGCGGGUGGCACUAUCCACCACCACCCUGCGGCAGGUUCGCAGCGUGCUCGAAAGCGUGGUGAUCGAGGGCACUGGCAAGCGGGCGGCGAUCGACGGGUUCCGGGUUGCCGGCAAGACUGGCACGGCCCAGAAGGCGAUCCCCGGGGUGGGUUAUGCGCCGCGAAAGUACGUCGCCAGCUUCGCCGGCUUCGCGCCGGUGGACGAUCCGCUGAUCGCUGGCGUAGUGAUGUUUGACGAGCCCUGGCCGCAGUACCAUGGCGGCGCGGCGGCGGCGCCGGUGUGGGGCGCCAUCGUGCGGCAGAUGCUGCUUUACAUGGGUGCCCAGCCGCUGCGCGAGCGGCCGCAGAGCUGGCCUGGGGAGCCGCGUUCGGUGCCCCUGCCGCCGACCAUCGUCGCGGCAGCUCCCACCGAAGCUGGCGCGGUGCCCGACUUCGCUGGCCUGACCGCCCGUCAAGCGAUCCAUCAGUCGAGCGCAGCUGGACUGAAGCUGGCGCUGAACGGACAUGGCUUCGUCAGCCGCCAAUCGCCGUCACCGGGCACCUCGCACGACGCCUCGGCUGGAGUGGUGGAGCUUUGGUUGACGGCCGAGGCGCCGCGGGUGAUGCCGGCUCGUAGCGGGAUCGGUGUCCGGGCCGCGGCCGGCGCCCGAGCCUCGGCGGGGGCGCCAUGA